AUGUGUGCCAUGGGCAGCAUGGCCUUGGUGGUAUCAAAACCAAAUCCUGGAGCUGUUGUUGUGCCCACACCACCACCUGCACCCACCAUGGCUCAAGAUUUAGAUGAAAUUAUGCGUAUGAUCAACUUCCUGCAAAUCCGCCAACUGAUGAGCCGUUAUCUGCUCAACGAUGCCCAGUUCCAGAGUUUUGUACGCAUCAUCAACUCCCAGGAUGCCUAUUUGACCUAUAUGCGUUUCCGUUCCCAGCCCGAGGUUAUGGGUUUCAUUGCCUGGGUAAAUGCCCAAAUUCUAUUGUCCGGUGGUGAAUUGCAAUUGGAAGAAUCUGAAGAGUUUAUGACCAUCUUUAAUCCCACACCCUUCUGGGCUAAUACCGUUUCGGGAUGGCAAGGAUUUGUCAAUGAAUUUUUGUUCUAUUACCCGGUCGAUAUGAUCAACAUGCAUAUUAAUAUGAAGGUGGCCCAGAAUGGUAUCUUUGCUCAGUUUUGGCUUCGCUUGAAGGCCUUGAAACCGGUAUAUGAUCGUGUCAUCGCUUUGCCUGAGGCUCAACGUGUUGCUGCUGCUCUACAACUUAGUGGUAUUGAUAUUAUCCAACUGGAUACUUUUAUUCGUAAUACAUUUGGCUGGCAAAUGCCUCCCACAUUGGCCCCAACCACAACAACUACAACCACUACCACCACAACUGUUGCUCCAGUUAGCUCAAGCACAGAAGCUGUACCCUCAUCUACUGUGUCCGUUGUAUCUUCCACCGUGGCAGUGCCUUCCUCUACAGUAUCUGUGCCAUCAGUUGAACCCUCAGUCGGUGCUCCAGUAGCUCCCGAGGUUGUUCCCUCGUCCACCACAGCUGUGCCAUCAGUUGAACCCUCUGUUGUUGCCCCCGUAGUUCCCGAAGUUGUUCCAGCUCCUGCUGCUUAA